AGAAGCCGGUGAUGCACUCGUUUGCUGAUUGUUGGACGGAAGUUUCGUAGUUGUUAGCGAAAGCUCCAUUACUUGCUUUAGCCAACUAUCGACGUCUUUCGUCAAUUCAUUAUUCCAUUUUUAACACUCGAAGCUCUACUACAGUUACAAAAUGCGUGAAUGUAUCUCAGUUCAUGUUGGGCAAGCCGGAGUCCAGAUCGGUAAUGCUUGCUGGGAAUUGUAUUGUCUGGAACAUGGCAUCCAACCUGAUGGUCAGAUGCCAUCUGACAAAACUAUUGGUGGAGGUGAUGAUAGUUUCAACACCUUCUUCAGUGAGACUGGUGCAGGAAAACAUGUACCCAGGGCUGUCUUCAUUGAUUUGGAACCAACAGUAGUUGAUGAAGUACGUACUGGUACCUACCGUCAGCUAUUUCACCCAGAACAAUUGAUCACUGGCAAAGAGGAUGCUGCAAAUAACUAUGCUCGUGGUCAUUAUACAAUUGGAAAGGAAAUUGUUGAUCUUGUAUUAGACCGAAUUCGUAAAUUGGCUGAUCAAUGUACUGGCCUUCAAGGUUUCCUUAUUUUCCACUCGUUCGGAGGUGGAACUGGUUCUGGUUUCACUUCUCUUUUAAUGGAACGUCUUUCUGUCGAUUAUGGCAAGAAAUCAAAGCUGGAAUUCGCCAUUUAUCCUGCCCCACAAGUCUCUACUGCAGUUGUUGAACCAUACAAUUCAAUUCUCACCACGCAUACCACGCUUGAACAUUCCGAUUGUGCAUUUAUGGUCGACAAUGAAGCCAUCUAUGAUAUUUGUCGUCGCAAUUUGGACAUUGAAAGACCUACCUACACAAACUUGAAUCGACUAAUCGGCCAAAUUGUGUCUUCAAUCACCGCAUCUCUACGAUUUGAUGGCGCUUUGAACGUUGACUUAACGGAAUUCCAAACAAAUUUGGUACCUUAUCCUAGAAUUCAUUUCCCUCUGGUGACAUACGCACCCGUCAUUUCAGCAGAGAAGGCUUAUCACGAACAACUCUCUGUAUCAGAGAUUACAAAUGCAUGUUUCGAGCCAGCAAAUCAGAUGGUAAAAUGCGAUCCUCGCCAUGGAAAGUACAUGGCCUGUUGUAUGUUGUACAGAGGCGAUGUUGUGCCCAAAGACGUGAACGCAGCGAUCGCCACCAUUAAAACUAAACGCACCAUUCAAUUUGUUGAUUGGUGCCCAACUGGAUUCAAAGUUGGUAUCAAUUAUCAGCCACCGACUGUGGUGCCUGGCGGUGAUCUUGCCAAGGUACAACGUGCCGUUUGCAUGUUGUCUAAUACCACUGCCAUCGCAGAAGCAUGGGCUCGUCUUGAUCAUAAGUUCGAUUUGAUGUACGCUAAGCGAGCAUUCGUACAUUGGUACGUUGGAGAAGGUAUGGAAGAAGGUGAAUUCUCUGAAGCUCGUGAAGAUCUUGCAGCUCUUGAAAAAGAUUACGAAGAAGUUGGCAUGGAUUCCGCCGAGGGUGAAGCAGAAGGCGUUGAAGAAUACUAAAUAGUCUGAUCAUGAUUAUCGUUUUGAUAUCUUUUUUUUCGCAAUAAAAAGACGAAUUAUCACCAAUAA